UCUGGUCCGUGGAAUGUUGAUGGCCUCCUUCACUAGCUGCUUGCCAUGCUAGCGAAACCAACGACUCUGCUUCUCCAAACACACCUAUCUCGCCUCAACUCUUCAAAUACUCAAGGUAACAGAACAACCAAAUUCCUCGUCCACUGCCACUCUCAGAUCACCAAACAUGGCAGAAAUGGGGAUCUCAAAGAAGCCGAGUCGAUCUUCAGCCGCAUGCCCCACAAGAACGCCAUCUCUUGGACGGCCAUGCUCACUGCCUAUUACGAGAACGGUCACAUUGCAAAGGCCCGCAAAAUGUUCGAAAAAAUGCCCCAAAGAACCACCGCCUCGUAUAAUGCCAUGAUCACGGCUUACACACGUAGUAAUCCGAUGAUGAUAGGUGAAGCUAGCAAGUUGUUUGCUGAGAUGAGGGAGCGCAAUUCGAUUUCUUAUGCUGCGAUGAUCACGGGUUUGGCUCGGGCGGGGAUGGUGGACAAUGCUGAGGAGUUGUAUUUGGAGACGCCGGUUGAAUGGCGUGACCCGGUUUGUUCGAAUGCGUUGAUAUCUGGGUAUUUGAAGGUGGGGAGAUUAGAGGAGGCCACUCGGAUUUUUGAGGGUAUGGGGGAGAGAGAUGUGGUUUCUUGGAGUUCAAUGGUUGAUGGGUAUUGCAAAAAGGGGAAGAUUGGUCAUGCUAGAGAGUUGUUUGAGAGAAUGCCAGAAAGAAAUGUGGUUACUUGGACAGCUAUGAUUGAUGGGCAUAUGAAGAUGGGGUGUUACGAAGUUGGGUUUGGAAUGUUCUUGCGUAUGAGAAAGGAAGGGUUUGUAAAGGUUAAUCCUAUGACAUUGACGGUAAUGUUUGAAGCUUGUAGUGAAUUUGGUGAAUACAAGGAAGGUAUUCAGAUGCAUGGGUUAGUUUCACGUAUGGGAUUUGAAUUUGAUGUGUUUCUAGGCAAUGCUAUUAUCAUCAUGUAUUGUAGGUUCACUUUUGUUGUUGAAGCCAGAAAAAUAUUUGACAUGAUGAACAGGAAGGAUGUUGUUUCUUGGAAUGCCUUGAUUGCUGGUUAUGUUCAAAAUGAUGAAGUUGAAGAAGGUUAUGUACUUUUUGAGAAGACGCAGCAAAAAGAUGUAAUAUCUUGGACGACCAUGAUUACAGGAUUUUCUAAUAAAGGGAAAAUGGGAAAGUCCAUUGAGUUGUUUAGAAUGAUGCCCAAGCAAGAUGAUAUUGCUUGGACUGCUGUUAUUUCAGGGUUUGUGGGUAAUGGGGAAUAUGAGGAGGCUAUCUAUUGGUUCAUUGAGAUGCUUCGAAAAGUGGUGAGGCCAAAUCCUCUUACCUUGAGUAGUGUGCUAAGUGCUUCUGCUGGUUUGGCAACAUUGAACCAAGGGUUGCAGAUCCAUACUCUAGUUCUGAAGAUGGGAAUGGAAUUUGAUUUGUCCAUACAGAAUUCUUUUGUUUCGAUGUAUACAAAGUGUGGAAAUGUAGCUGAUGGCCAUCAAAUCUUCACAAGUAUCAACUCACCUAAUAUUGUUUCUUUCAACUCGAUGAUUACUGGGUUUGCCCAAAAUGGAUUUGGAGAAGAAGCACUUGAAUUGUUUCACAAAAUGCUUAAUGAAGGCCAGAAGCCUAACGAAAUUACCUUUCUGGGUGUUCUUUCAGCCUGCACCCAUGUGGGACUUCUAGAGCAAGGAUGGAAUUACUUCAAAUCCAUGAAAUCAUUGUAUCAAAUAGAGCCAGGGCCUCAUCAUUAUGCAUGCAUCGUUGAUCUCCUUGGCCGAGCUGGGUUUCUAGAUGAUGCUAUUGAUUUAAUUCGUUCUAUGCCCUGUGAGCCCCAUUCUGGGGUUUGGGGAGCUCUUCUUGGUGCAAGCAGGAUACACUUACGUCUUGAUGUUGCAAAGCUUGCAGCUCAACAGAUUUUCAAAUUGGAGCCUGACAAUGCAGCCCCUUAUGCAGUAUUGUCCUUCUUAUAUUCUUCUGCUGGAAGAAACAGGGAUAGUGAACAAGUAAGAAUGGCCCAGGAAUUGAAGGGGGUGAAAAAGAGUGCAGGCUACAGUUGGAUUAUUGUGUAAGACAAGGUCCAUUUGUUUUCUUGCAAGGGAUCCAUUGAACAUGGACUCUGAGGUGAUUAAAGCUAACCUGUGUCCAGUUAUAAAGGAAAUCAAUCAAUUAGAUUGGUGCAUAUAAAGAAUGGUUUCCUUGUUUCAGACAACCAUGUAUUAUUUUUGAAAUAAAGAAUAACUGCCGAAGCUGAAAGCUGGCUGGGAGCACGCUGAGAACCACCAUAAUAUGCAGCUUGGUAACAAGGUGGUGCAGCUUUGAUCAGAACACUAGAGUAUGGCACAAGAUUUUGGUUGGCUGAAAUGGAGAAUUGGAACUACUUCAUACCAGCAGCAUCUGGAUGGGUUAAAAUAAAUAGGAAUGCAAAUGUUAAUUGAUUCUGAUUGAAAUGAAAUACCAUCUGUUUCCAUUAACCUGCUCCCCAUAGGUGUUGCCAUUCAUGCUCUCCAUGGGAAUACAAUAAAACCCACAGAAACUCAAUUUUUGCUGUGCUCCAGUACUACAUUCUCCAUUGUCUCUGAGCUCUCAAGAAGAAUGUUCUUGCCCAAGGGGCUCUCUCCAAUGAAGCAAUUUUUUGCCCUUGACUGAGGGUUGCUUUGAAGCUUAGAGCCAAAGCUCUCCUAAAACUGCUGUUGGUAAACCCCAGGUAAAGAUGGUGGUAAUGAGAUAUCUUUGCUCCAUGUGUGGUUGAGGGUUUUCGAAUCCAGAUAGGGUUUGCUUUCUAGGGAAAGUCCUCACUGAAGGAGUGCAUUUUCCUAUAGGUAAUCCUUAUUUUUAGAUUCAAAUCUUUCAAUAUGUUUUAGAUCCAAAAUUUUCUACAAGUCUCUUAGGAUUAGGCA